AUGGCCCUGGAGGCUAAUCUGGGCCGCGGCCGCCAGGCGCAAACUCUCAUUGCGCAAAUCCUGGCAGAACGCGGCCUGAAUUUGUCUGUGGUCACUGAGCCCUACUGGGCGCCGCGAGACGACCCUUAUUGGGUUGUGGCGCCCGGGGGCUCUGCAACUAUUAAAAAGCAACGAGCUCCUCUGCUCCAGUCAAACAAGCUGGAUGGUAACAGGGCUCUGCCUGUAUACGAGAGUAUCCUCGACGGGAUAGUGGACUUCAUCCGCCAUUGCGUACUCCGAUCCGUCGUGGUCGACGGGGACUUCAACGCUCAUAGUUCCGUAUGGGACGGGCGUCUCCGGCGGCCGCAUCUGCGGGGAAGGUCCCUGGAGGAAUGGGCGGCGACGAACGGCCUUUUGCUGCUGAACAGAGGGUCGGAGGACAUCUUCGAUCCGCCUGUUGGUGAGCCGCCGAAAUCAUCGAAGCUCGCCGGCAUGCAGUUGCCUGCAAACAGGCCCUUUUCAGAGCCCAAGCACUUCUUAGAGCUCAACAGUGGGGAGGAAGUCGCGAGGUAG